GUUCCAUGUCACAUUCUGCAAAGGUUAUGAUUUUGUAGAUAACAGAGGUCAGAUGGGUCAGACUUAUAGAUGUUUUUGUAAACAAUAAAAUUUGCAAAUCACACAUUUUCUUGAUUUGCAAAGUUGUACAUUCCAGAACAAAUAAGAAAGGUGGUGUAGACAAGUAAUUCAUGAUAGAGGUUCGUAGACGAUUUUUUAUAAUGUCAGAACUUACAAAUUCAAGAUAUAAUUGCCAGAAUGGGAUUGUGCAGCCUUUGCUCACGGAUUUGUACCAAUUACUAUGGCUUACGCGUACUGGAAAUCCAAGAAAACUGAUGAUUAUGCAGUAUUCGACUUAUUUUUUCGCAAGAAUCCAUUUAGCGGAGAAUUUACAGUAUUUGCAGGCCUAGAAGAAUGUCUUAAAUUUAUCCAGAAGUUCAGAUUUUCUGACAGUGAUAUUGCUUAUCUCAGGCAAAUUUUACCUUCAAGUAUUGAAAAUGAGUUCUAUGAGUAUUUGAAAACAUUAACUGCUGACCAUAUAAAGUUUUAUGCAGUUAAGGAAGGCACAGUGGUUUUUCCAAGGAUCCCACUGAUAAGAGUAGAAGGCCAACUAGUAGUGGCUCAACUCCUUGAGACAACCUUGCUUAAUUUAGUUAAUUAUGCUAGCUUAAUGACAACCAAUGCAGCAAGAUAUAGACUAGCAGCGGGGCAUCUUAAAUUAUAUGAAUUCGGUUUGAGGAGAGCUCAAGGCCCUGAUGGAGGCUUGUCUGCUUCAAGAUACAGCUAUAUUGGAGGAUUCGAUGGAACAAGUAAUGUGCUUGCUGGAAAACUAUUCCAUAUUCCAGUUAAAGGCACACAUGCCCAUGCUUACAUUACCUCAUUCAACUCUAUUGAUGAAUUGCAGUUAACAAUGCUAAGAAAUAGUAAUACAGAUACUGAUGAAAAUUUUGUCCACCCAGUAUUAAAAUGGCGAGAAAAGUUGAUAUCAAUGUUGGUGUAAUCCUUUCUGAAGUUAGUAAUGGCGAGUUGGGCUGCAUUUAUUUUCAUUUGCUAUUGCCUUUCCUGAUGGGUUCAUGGCCUUAGUAGACACUUAUGACGUGAAGAAAAGUGGUCAUCAUCAACUUCUGUGCUGUUGCAUUAGGCCUGCAUGACUUUGGCUAUAAAGCUCUUGGUGUAAGACUAGAUUAGUGGUGAUUUGGCAUAUCUAUCUAAUGUAGCUAAGAAUAUUUCAACAAUAUGGCAAUAAAUACAAUGUGCCAUAUUUUGGUAAAUUGGUAAUUAUGGCUUCUAAUGACAUCAAUGAGGAGACCAUUUUGCGUUUGAAUGAUCAGGAUCACAAGAUAGAUAGUUUUGGCAUUGGUACGCACCUCGUGACUUGUCAGAAACAGCCAGCACUAGGCUGUGUAUACAAGAUGGUGGAGUUAAAUGGUGAACCCAGAAUCAAGUUGAGUCAGGAUGUGGUGAGUAAAGUAACCAUUCCCGGCAAGAAAGACGUAUACCGCCUUUAUGGGGCUGCACACUCUCUUAUAGACCUUCUUCAGAAAGCUGAAGAGUUGCCACC